AUGGGUAAUGCUCAGUCAGAUGAAGGAGAACGUGCAGCGGCCGAAGUAAUAAGCUUUAUUCCUAUAAUCGGCUCAGUUUAUCAAUUGACAGCUGCAGCAGUCUAUGCUGGGAAAGGUGAUUUUGAUGAAGCUAAUAAGAGGGGUAUAGAUGGCGGAAUUGGAGUCGCUUUAGAUGUAGUUUCAUUAGGAACUGGUGCCGGUAGUGGUAUGAAAGCAGGCGGUGUACUCAUCAAAGGGGGAAUUAAAAAAGGAAUUAAAGAAGGAUCCAAACAAGUGGUUAAAGGUGUUGUAAAGACAAUCGCACAUGCGGGUACGGCCGUAGCAGGAAAGGCAAACGUUCGUGAAUUCAUCAGAAAUUCUACACAUGUAUAA